GAACCCAUGAGCUCGAUGACCGUGCAGCGCGCGUUCUUCACCAUGAGGGACAUGGUGAGAUACGCGAUCGUGGACUCGGGGGCUACCAGGUCCAUGAGCGGUGUCAACCUGGUCGGCUACCUCCAGGAGCAGGUCCUCCUGGCCCUCGGCUCCGACGAGAUCAAGUACCACGAGAGCGAGCCGGGUGAUUGCCUGCGGUUUGCUCUGGUGCCGACGUCGAGCCCAACUCUCCUGGGACUGGACUACUUGAAGGCCGCUGCGGCCGACAUUACGCACGACGGCCUCCUGGUGUACAGCGACAGCCACCGCGAGAG